UUGUAAUUAGUUUUUUUCGUGUUACUUGCUCUGCCCGGCAUUUUUAACGCGCGUUCUACGAAAUUUCAAUCAUAAAACACAGACAUACAAAUAUACAAAAUAUUAUAUACAAGCUAAACAACAAACCGGUUGCAAAAAAGUUAAAGAAACAGAAUCACGUCAACACUACAACUACAACAAAAUACCUAUAUUAAAAUAGGCAACAACAAUAAAUUCGACGCAAUUCUUCUGCGACUUUAAAGAGGCGAGGAGUGUGAGGCUCAAGGUUGCAGCCAAAACUAAGUUAAAACGAAGUCGAACACUAGAGUUUUCUUUUGGUGAGUGAGGCAAGGAAAAUAUGUCAGCGCGAAGAAGUCAAACACAGAUGGCGCCACCGCCGCCGCCCCCAAAGCCAAACAAGUCAUAUGCAAAUGGCAACGGUACGCUGUCGAAUGGUGGUACCAACAACAAUCACAACAACAACAACAACGGCGGUUAUAACAGCAGCAGCAACAGUGGCAGCAACUACAUCGCCAACAACAAUAAAAGUGUCGUAGUCACAACAGACGGGGCGUCAGCAGCGACUUCAAGUCAGCCAGGCCAGCCAAGCCAGCCAGGUCAGAACCUAAACGGGCCCAGUACCUGCCAGACGCCACCGCGGACCGAACAAGUCGUGAUGACGCCUCGCGGGAAGACAGCGAACAGCACCGUCAUACUCAUCGAACGGAAGCUGGUGGACGAGAUAAAUGAUCGGGUGCAUGUGGCCGGCGGAGAUCAUACGGGCAUUAUCAUUAACAAGGACACAGUGGCCGUGCAGAAGAGCGCCAGCAAGGCUGCUGCCCUCUCCCUGGAGUUCCGCGUCUUUCUGGUUAGCGCCAAUACGGGCAAGCACUCGCAGGAGUCGCGCACGCUGAGAUUCUGGUUUCGCGAUUGGCUCACAAAUGAUGAGAAACAGGCGCACAUAGCGCAGGACUUUUUCAAGGAGCUAGUUAGUCCCCAGGACUUUCCCAGAGACUAUGUGGGCUUUAUCAAGAAGAUAAUGAAGCUACUCCAGCACGGAUAUCACGAAAUACAAUCCAUUGAGAUCGAGCUGCGUAUAUUGGAGGAGACAUCAGCCCCGCCAUCGCGUCCACCGCGCGAUGGUUACAUCAUCUACUGCUAUGGCGACUGCAAUCGCAAGUUCGAGGAGGCGUUGUUGGCGCAACAGAAAACAGUAUCGUUGGAAGAAUCACAAUUUGAAUCUCCACCACUGACACAGGAAAAGGUUCUGGAACUCAUCGAGCAGGCCUAUCCAAAUCCCGUGUCCCCUGAUGAUUUGGCCAAGGACUACGGCUGGAACGAGCAGGAUGUGCAGCUGGUGUUUAUGUCACUACAGGAACGUGGUCUUAUCAAGUCCAUGGAAUACAAUGCCUACACACGCAUACACUACGAGGACAAGGAGAUUAAAGUCGUCAAACAGAUGCCCACUAUAGCCUCGAAUAAGCAGCCGACAAUUGCGAUCAUAACGGCGCAAUAUUGUGAGAAGUUGGCGGUCGACGCCAUGUUGGAGAACAAGGAAACCUUUGUGCGAUACACAACAGUGGAUUCCGAUCCCAACCUAACGAACUCACUCAAAAAAUCCAAAAAGAAACGAAGAUUUGGCGAAUCAAAUGUCUAUACUUUGGGUAAUAUUGGAGCACAUCGGAUCGUAAGCACCAAGCUGCCAUCGGUGGGCAGCACCCGUGAGGCGAUGACGGCAACGGGCAAUACCACGACUCGACUGCUGGGGACAUUCCAAAAGGUUGAUUACGUAUUUAUUGUGGGCGUUGCAGGCGGCGUUCCCCACUAUACGGAUUACAAGAAGCAUGUGCGCUUGGGUGAUGUCGUCAUCUCGUAUGUGGACAAGCAGCGUGCGCUGCUGAGCAGCAGUAAGGAGAAGCCGUAUGUGUAUGUAUACAAGAGUGGUGAGGAUGUGAAGACCUAUUUCCCAAUCAACGACUCACUGCAGCUGAUUGCCGAGAGUCUGCAGGCUAAUAUGGCGCAAAAGCGUCCUUGGGAGAGUUAUUUGCGCGAUGCUCUGCAGUCGCUGCUCCAGAAGACCGAAAGCGAUUUCAAUCGGCCAGACGGCAAGACGGACAAACUGUUCAUGAAUAUUGGCAACAACGAGGUCAUUGAGGUGGCUCAUCCCAUAGCGGCCGAUGAGCUAGACGGUGUGCCGCGCAUGCGCUUACAUUUAGGACCAAUUGGCUCCGGUCGGGAUUUGGUGCGGAGCGAUGAUUUGCGCACCCAGUUCGCACGAAAAUAUGGACUGCUGGCCACCGAUGUGGAAAUGAGCUCUGUCCUUGACAGCAUUAUUGGCAACUGCAGGGAAAGCUUUAUAUUGGUGAAGGGCAUAUCGGAUUAUAAGGACGGCAUGUCGACGCGCAAAUGGCAGAAUUAUGCGGCAUUGUCGGCUGCCUCGGUGGUUAAGUCCAUCAUAUGUGGCAUGGAUGCGCCGACCAAUGUUUGAGAGCUUAGCUUAGGUUAUUAAACACAUACCAUAAACAUAUAAAUUCAGAUAUAUAAUAUAUAUAAACAGUAGAUGUCGAUACAAGUUAAGCGCAUUUAGUAAUCAUUUAUUUUCUAACUUUUGCAAUAUCUUGACAAAUCUUCCUUCUUUUUUUUUAUUCUUCAUAUUGUUUGAUUGUGCGUUAAUUAACCAAAAUCUGGGCUCUUAAGCCCUUUUCUUGUAAACCAAAUGUAUGCGUAUGCGUUGUCCUACUACAUAUGUUAUGUAUGUACAUACAUAUGUAUUUAUACUAUACAUACUUGUAUGUAUUAAUUUCUUGUUAUUUAUUUGUUAUGCUUUUGUACUACAUAUAUUUUUACA